GGAACUUUAGGUGCCAUGGCAAUCAUGUUCAACAUUUGCGCGAUAGCACAUGGAUGGCAGCAGUUUCUUGACGCUGACAACCGAAUUAUCAAGUCACCCUCACCACCAUGGCACGUUGCACUCAAAGCAGUGUCGUUGGCUCUGGCUUCCAUCGCAUAUGUUUUCUACUUACUCUCGAUGACUUUCCACUACAAUCCACAAAAAGGAUUUGCUAUGCCAGUAUUAGGCUGGCUCGUCUCAGCAACGAUUCUGUUCAGCCUUAUAGGAGUUGAGGUUCAGCGUUACAAAAAAGCCCAAACAGAGCGGUCGACAGAGUACACACAAAACUUUUUCGCUGGUAUUCUGGCUGCAGGCCUCUACUGCUUUAUUGCACUUCUAUUAGCAAGUUAUGUGGCCUGCGCAAGUUCGCUCAAGUUAAGUCUCACAGACAGGCGAAUGAUCGAAUGUACAAGCAUCAUCUAUCGGGUCAUCGCUUUUGCCAUUAUUCUUCUUGGAGGUGCUGGGAUGUACAGCACUGUUGAAGGCUGGUCUUUGGUGGAUGCUCUAUACUUCACAGACACCACCGUUCUUACUAUUGGCAUCGGAAAUUUCUCCCCUCAAACUCAUCUGGGGCGCUCAUUGCUGUUUCCAUAUGCCACCACCGGAAUAAUCAACCUGGGAUUUGUCAUCUCAAGCGUUGCAUCAUUCACCGACAAAAUGAGAGAUCUAAAACUGAGGUAUCAAGUCAACGAGGCACGGCACAUUUUGCGCGGCCAGGGCGAUUCAGAGCGAAAACCGAGUCGGAUUUCUACAAACGGAGAGCAAUCACAAAGCUCAUUUCCCAUCCCUUCGAGAUAUCCAAAAAGGAAUGAAAUGUUGAAGCUGCACAAAGUCAAGGCAGACUUUUAUCGGAAAAGUCGCUGGAAAGAAUUGAUAUUCUUUGCAGUGUCGUGGUUCAUAUUGUGGCUAAUCAGCGCUGAAGUCUUCCGUCGAUCCGAGGAGCGUCAACACUGGACUUACUUCAUAGCUCUUUACUUCACGUUCACCUCCCUCACGACUAUCGGAUAUGGUGACUAUUCUCCGAAAAGCAGCUUUGGAACCGUCUUUUUCGUUUUCUGGUCCUUACUUGCUCUUCCCAUCUUAACAAACCUUGUCACGGCCAUGGGCGGUGUUCUCAGUAGGUUGCUGUUAGUCUGCUCUGGCUAUUUAUGGAAAAACGUGCUUCAUAAAGGGCACAAGCAGCACCACCAUUCGCACCACCAUCCGUACUAUCCUUCACGAGAAGAUGGCUCUCAGGCGUUGGAACAAUUGCACAGGAAUGUACCUGACGGCCCUCCUUUGCAUCUGGAAGGACAAGUCCGUGCAGCCACCAUGAAAGACCACACUCGAGAUCUACCUUCAGUUGGAUCUAGGUGGAAAUCAGUGCAGCCAACCAGCACUGGAGCGAGGGCAACCACGCAAUACAGGUUACGCCUGGCCGAAGAGAUGGGUACACUCCUGUCUACGCUAAGGGGUGAAUACUUUGAGAACUGGGAGGAGCUUUGCUGUACCUGGUCCAGAGUCAUACCCUUGCUCCAUGCCGGUGAGAACGUUGCUAGUGCUCCAAAUGAGCCCAUACCCUAUUCUAUGUCCGCAAAAUCCGACCAUGUGGCGUUGAUGAAGUUCAUGGACCCCAAGAAAGCCUUGUCAGAGAGAAAUGCUGAAAUUUCAUGGUUACUGGAAUUGUUGGUGGAAAGGCUUUGUUCGGAUUUAAGGGAGGAGUUAUCUGAGGCCACAUGA